GGUCUCCAGGGUCCCACGGCGCAAUGGGAGGCGGGAUCUCCGCGGACGCCGAGUGAGUCGUUACGUGACCGCUUCCCUCCGCAGCCCCCUUGGAAGCCGCUAGGCGGAAGUAAACGUUCAGACCCGGGCUAGGCGGCCCUGAGUCCACAUCCGGGAGAGCAGAGAGAGCGGAAGUGGCGUUGGUCUGGACGGAGCCCUUGGGUGAAAUUGUUAGGCGUGGAGAGGGAGUGAUGUCUUCCAGACUCGGUGCAGUCCCCGCCGUGAGUUUCUUGGCGUGACCGUUAUGCUUUAGAGACCCCGGGACCCACAUCCUUUAAGCAGCAGAGGAGCGCCAGAAUCGUGGGAGCAAAGAAUCAGAUGGGGAGGCUCAGACACAUCUGACUACACAUCCAAGGAGUUUUUGAAGGAUCUCAGAACAUCACCUACUUCUUAGAGAAAUCUAGGAAAGAAUGCCUUCCAGUUCUACAAGUAGCAGGACCCAGUGCUCCCCCAUAAAGGAUAACAGUUUCCAGUACACCAUCCCUCAUGAUGACUCCUUGAGUGGCUCAUCUGCUUCUUCGUGCGAACAAGUGAAUGAUUUUCCAGCAUCCUUCCGAAAAUCUACGUACUGGAGGAAGAUGAGGAGGAUCAAGCAAGCUGCUUCUCCUCAUGUUGAAGGGUCAGGUGGAGUAACAGCCAAAGGAAAAAGGAAACCCAGGCAGGAAGACGAUGAAGACUAUGGAGAAUUUCCUCAGAAGAAGCAUAAACUGUAUGGGAGGAAACAGCGGCCUAAAACUCAGCCUAAUCCCAAACCCCAGGCUCGUCGCAUACGGAAGGAACCGCCAGUUUAUGCAGCAGGUAGUUUGGAGGAACAGUGGUACUUAGAAAUUGUAGACAAAGGCAGUGUUUCCUGUCCUACCUGCCAGGCAGUGGGGAGAAAGACCAUAGAGGGUUUGAAGAAACACAUGGAAAACUGCAAACAGGAAAUGUUUACUUGCCAUCACUGUGGGAAACAACUUCGUUCCUUGGCAGGGAUGAAGUAUCACGUCAUGGCGAAUCAUAAUAGUUUGCCCAUUUUGAAAGCUGGAGAGGAAAUUGAUGAGCCAAGUGAGAGGGAACGGCUCCGAACAGUUCUAAAGAGACUGGGAAAACUCAGGUGCAUGCGAGAGAGUUGUUCCAGUACCUUCACCAGCAUCAUGGGAUAUAUGUAUCAUGUUAGAAAAUGUGGCAAGGGGGCUGCAGAGCUGGAGAAGAUGACCUUGAAAUGUCACCAUUGUGGAAAACCAUAUAGGUCGAAGGCUGGUCUUGCGUAUCACCUGAGGUCAGAGCAUGCACCUAUCUCCUUCUUUCCAGAGUCAGGACAGCCAGAGUGCUUAAAGGAGAUGGGUCUAGAAGCAAAGAGUGGGGGCCGAGUUCAGAGACGUUCUGCCAAGAUCGCUGUGUACCACCUGCAGGAGCUGGCGUCUGCCGAACUGGCCAAGGAAUGGCCUAAGAGGAAGGUGCUCCAGGAUCUGGUCCCUGAUGACCGGAAGUUAAAAUAUACUCGUCCUGGGCUACCUACUUUCAGCCAGGAAGUACUACACAAGUGGAAGACAGAUAUCAAGAAGUAUCAUCGCAUUCAGUGUCCUAACCAGGGUUGUGAGGCUGUCUACAGUAGUGUGUCUGGCCUUAAAGCUCACCUUGGCUCUUGUACAUUGGGAACCUUUGUGGCUGGAAAAUACAAGUGUCUUCUAUGCCAAAAAGAAUUUGUGUCAGAGAGUGGUGUCAAGUAUCACAUCAACUCUGUCCAUGCUGAGGAUUGGUUUAUUGUAAACCCAACAACAACAAAAAGCUUUGAAAAGCUGAUGAAGAUAAAGCAGAGACAGCAAGAAGAAGAAAAGCGGAGGCAGCAGCACAGGAGCAGGAGAUCACUAAGAAGGCUGCAGCAGCCUGGCAUUGAGCUUCCUGAGACCCAGCUGAGCCUUAGAGUAGGGAAGGAUCAGAGGAGGAAUAAUGAGGAACUGGUCGUGUGGACCUCCUGCAAGGAAUCAGAGCAGGAGCCUGUGGCAGCCCAGUUCCAGAAAGCAAAGCCCCCAAAGACGAAUCAUAAACGAGGAAGGAAAUAGGCAGUCAGUGAAAGCACUCCUAGGAGAGUGGAGGUGACACUGUUGUCAGGGGACCUGUGCGGGGAGGCCUGAGUCCUGGGGCUGAGUGAAGAUGCUUGCAACUGUCCAUGCAAGGCUGUGACUUUCUCAGCUCCUGUGUAAAUUUCACCGUCUUCCCUACUUAUUCACUCUCAUUCCUUCCCCAUGCCCCUUGUAGCAAGAUUUUCUACUAUUCUUUAUGGGAGUCCUCCUGUUUUUCUCUUCUCUUGCCCGAAGAGAUCCCUUUCAAGGCCAACUAUAGGCCCCUCUUGCCCUGUACAAGACUAAGAAUGGUGUUUACUUGUCCUUUCUUUCCUGAGGUUCAAAUGUUCUUGGAAGCUCCAUUGAUUUAGUAGUUACUCCAUUGUGUAACUUAUCGAACAAUUUCAAACUACUUUUUAAAAAAAACAGUAUGGGUUUAUCAUUUUGUAUUUGUAAUACAACAAGCCUUGAAGCUAGAACUGUUGUUGCUUACUUACUAGGGUUACCCCGAAUCCUUGGGAAGCAAAACUUUGCAGAGGCUGUUUGUCCUCAGUGUGAUUUUAGGAUUGAAAGAGAGAAAAAGACUUAGCAUGAAAAAGCUAGAGCCUCCCUACAGUGGUUAUCCUGGGAGGUGCUUUGUCUGUACCAAGCAGCAGUGACUAAGUAGAUCCACAGGCAUGAAAAGCAGCCUGAGGAGUAAUGUGUCCCAAAUAUUUAAAUGACUGGAAAGAAAAAAGCAGAAGCAGUAAUAAUUAGCCCAACUUUCUUGGGACCCAGAGCCUCAUCUGUUGCUAUGGUCAGUCCCCUCCCGAAGCCUGCUUUGGCUCCCGUGAUUUUAAAAGUUGUGAACGUCACUGUGCCCCCUGGUGUUUUGACACAGCGCCCUGGUGCACCUUGCAAUGCCACUAAGUUUGGAAACCAAGGUGCACCUUCCUUCUCCCUUGGACUUUACCUCACUUGUUUAUCCACACCUUGCCAAGUCCUUGCCAGCCCUUUACUUAACCUCUGUGUCUUUGAAUUUUCUGAGAAUAUUGUCCUUCUGUCCUCUUUUAUAUGGAGUUCUGUCCUCUUUUUCUGAGACUUUGACACCAGAUGUGAAUAUCUGGAGCUGGAAAGAAAACAUCUUCAUCUGUCCUCCUGCCUACCUGGUAAUGCUUUAUGGGCUCUUUCUCUACUGGAGGGGGUGGCUUUUUCUGGAGCAGUGUUUAGAGCAGCCUUGUGUUUAUAAGUUCUCUUUUUGCGUAAAUAUUGGUCUUAAGUGUUCUCACCAGUUUUGUGGCGUAUAUCACUUAAAAAUUAACCUUGAUAUGGGCAAACACUACUUUUUUUUCCAAAUCUGAAAAGCUGAGGCCACCCUUUAACCCUCUAUUCUCUCUGCUUCUCUGAAUAGCUUUAACAUGUGGGCUUUUGUGAAGACCACAUUCAGACCUGAAUUAGGGACUGCUGGAAUAGGUAGAAAGUGAAGAAAAGUAGUACACACACUACAUCUCCAUUGGCAGUUGUGCCCUUAAAGACAUUUUAGCAGAUGAGGGUUGACAGGGAGGAGAAAUGGAGAAAAUAUGUUACUUUCUGGUGUAGGAGUUGGGGUAUGUUUGGCAAUGACAAAAGAAAUAAAUGACUCUCACUUAGAA